AUGUCUGAAAGAAAAGUUUUAAAUAAAUAUUACCCCCCGGACUUCGAUCCAUCUAAGAUUCCUCGCAUGAAAUUGGCAAAAAAUCGCCAAUAUACUGUACGUUUAAUGGCACCGUUCAACAUGCGUUGUGCUACGUGUGGCGAAUAUAUCUACAAGGGAAAGAAGUUCAAUGCUCGUAAAGAGGACGUGGAAAAUGAAGAUUAUCUAGGUAUAAGAAUAUACAGAUUCUACAUUAAAUGUACAAGAUGUCUGCAAGAGAUAUCAUUUAAAACAGACCCAAAAAACACUGACUAUGAAAUUGAAGCUGGGGCUACAAGAAAUUUCAUGGCCCUGAAACUAGCAGAAGAACAGGCAAAAAGAGAAGAAGAGGAGCAGAAAGAGGAAGAAGCUAACAACCCUAUGAAACUUUUAGAGUAUAGAACAGAACAGUCAAGGCAAGAGAUAGAACUUUUGGAAAGUCUUGAGGAGCUGAAAGAACUUAACAGGCGGCAACAAUCUGUUGACUAUGAGGGUAUGUUGAAACAGUACCAGUCAGAAACAGCAGAAGAAAGGAAAGCAAGGGAAGAAAGAGAAGACAAUGAAUUUAUCAAAUCCGUAAAAUUUAACCAUGCAACUAAACAUAAAGUCGUUGCCGAAGAAAUCAUAGAAGAAGUCAACGAUGAAGACGAACCGGUAAUAAAAAGCAUAAAGAUAGAAACAGUACCUGCAAAAUCUUCGGAAGCAAAGAAAAACGAAUCAUGGAAUAGGAGUAUAGGUGUGAUAGCUAAAAAGCCAUUAUUAGCCAAUCUAGUAAAGAAAAAAACUGAACAGUCACCAAAAAGUUGUGAUGAUUUAAAAGAUAAACAGGCCGAUAAAGCAAUUGAAAUUCCUAAAACUAGUACAAACAAUGUACAAAAUAUUAGUAAUGUAAACUCAAGCGUGAAUAGCGGUGGUGGACUUUCUUUAUUAGCAAACUACUCGGGCAGUGAUAGUGACUCUCAGUGA